UGGAUAGAACACCUCCAUUGUAUAGAGAUUUUAGAAUGAGACAGAAAAUAAAUAAAUAAAGGAUUGGAUAGAAGGGAGAGCCGGGAUUUGAUUGAGAGGAAACGGUGCGUUCUACCGCUGGCAUAAAAUGGCAGGCAUGCCUCUUGGUCUCUACUCUCUGUAGCAGAAGGGCAAAGAAUCAGCGAAGUUAGGGCCGGGCUUCCUCCCUCCCUCCCUCUUCAAACGCAACCUUCUUCUUUUCCUGUGACCGAUAAAUUAACCGGAUUUUGUAUCUGCAGUUUCGACCUCGUUUUCUCAAGAUCUUCCUUUCUCGAUUUUUUUUUUUCUUAUCUUUGCGGUUAACCGAAGUGCAUACCAACUGUUCAACAAUUUGCCUAAACGAAUUUGUCUCAUCACUCCUUUCCAUUUCUCUAAACGCAAAGCAAAACAAAUUUAAAGGACACCGACACUCCUUUAUGAAGAGAGAUGUUGAAUAGAGUCUCAAGGCGCUGCUUUUGCACUGCUGCUGCUGCUCCCACAACACCAUCGCCUUGGCUCUUUGUUGGGUUGGGAAAUCCCGGCGAGAAAUUCAAAGGAACUCGACACAAUGCAUGUGGGUUUUGAGAUGAUUGAUGCAUUUGCUGGGUCACUAGGGAUUUCUAUGAAUAUACCUCUUUGUAAAGCUCUUUUUGGAGAAGGGUUUGUUGGUGACGCACCUGUUCUUCUUGCGAAGCCUCAAACCUACAUGAAUCUGAGUGGUGAAUCAGCAGGACCGCUUGCUGCUUACUAUAAGCUACCUCUUAAUCGUGUUAUUGUGUUUCAUGACGACAUGGAGUUGCCAUGUGGAGUGCUUCGACUUCAAGAGAAAGGAGGUCAUGGAUGCCACAGAGGUUUGAAGAGUGUGAUCAACCAUUUUCGAGGGAACAGAGAAUUUGCUCGACUAAGAAUCGGAAUUGGGAGGCCUCCUGGCCAAAUGGAUCCCAAGGCUUUCUUGCUGCAGAAGUUCAAUGCAACAGCUCGAGAACGAAUUGAUGCUGCCUUACCAGAGGGGGUUGUUGCAUUAAGGUGCAUCUUAUUUGAAGGCUUGACAAGAACUGCAAGAUGGUUCAACCAGGAACAGAAGUACAAGUAUAUAAGAUCGGAAACCAUGUCGACAUAACAAACUCAAGGAUUAGCUUUUUCUGACAUUUACAUGUAGAAGCGCCCCAAUUCUUAUCUAAUGGGAAAUCCUUUCAUAAUUGUAAGGUAUAUGUUUUCUUGAGCAUUCUUUUGAUAGUGUGAUUGUAUUAUCAAUAUAACCAAACUCUUCCACCUUGCUCAAA